AAAAAAAUCAUAAUUAUCAAAUCAAAUGUCAUUCUCCACAUCUUCAGUUAGUAACUCUGCAAUAUUUUCUUAAUCUUCAUUAAAUAGCAUCCAAACUCAGUAUGAUGAAGAAUUAGAAUAAUAGGAAUUGGAAGCAGAAAAAGAGAAGUUUGCUUAAAUGUUUGAAGCACAUUAUAAUACUACCAAUAUGUUCAUUUAGACUGUUUAAGAGUCUGUUAUUUUAAAGUAACAAAUCUAGAAAAUUUUACUUUUAUUAGGAAAGCAAAUAAACAGAGAAUGUUAAAACGAAAAAUUCGUAAACUGAUGAGAAGUUCAAUAAGUAGUAGAAAGAUGGUUGAAAUUUUAAGGAAGGAAGAGUCCGUUAAUGAAAUGACAUAAUAAAACUUAUUUAAAUAUUAUCCAUAUUAUGAAGGCCAAUAUUAUGGGGUAGAUGGUAAUAUAAAUCAAGAAAUUGACAAUUAAGAUUGGCAGCCUAAACCUGUACCAAUUAUUAAACCUAAUUCAAGUAGUAUUUUUUCUUCGUUAACUUUGCAUUCAGGUUUGUUAUAUUUUUUAAUUUUAGAAUCCCAGACUAAUAUCAGCAAUAUUAGCAAUAUCAAUGAUUUAAAUAAUAAUGAUAUCAAUCUUAAUUAGAUGAACAACAAUAUUUAAAUUAAUAACACUAAUAAUAAUUGUGAGGGAAUUGUGAGAAAAGCUUUCUAAUAAUAUGAUCCCAAUGAAUAGUGUUAUAGGGAGUAGCAUUAGUAGUAGUGAAAAAAACCCUUCAAACUAGUAGCUGCAGUUAUGAGGGGUUGAAAAAGCCGUGCGUGCACUCAAAGAAGUGACAAAGCUUUCAUCAACACCUAUAAAUUAUUAUUUUCAAAAAAUAUCUUCUGCUUG